UUUUUGCGGCUAUAUAUAGAAGCAAAACCUCCAUUUUAUAACCCAUCAAAGCCAUUAACAUAAUAGAGAGAGAGAGAAAGAGGGAGAGUUAAAUCAGCAAAAGAGGAGUUGUUAAUUGUAGAAGAAUGGGUGGUUGGGCUAUAGCGGUGCACGGUGGCGCUGGUGUGGAUCCAAAUCUCCCUGCUGAACGUCAAGAAGAAGCCAAACAUCUCCUUACUCGUUGUCUUAAUAUUGGAAUCUCUGCUCUUCGCUCUUCUCUCCCCGCCAUUGAUGUCGUUGAACUCGUCGUGAGGGAAUUGGAAAGUGAUCCUUUAUUCAAUUCGGGUCGUGGAUCUGCAUUAACUGCAAAUGGAACAGUGGAAAUGGAGGCGAGCAUUAUGGACGGCGACGGUAGACGAUGCGGCGCCGUUUCUGGUAUAUCCACCGUGAAAAAUCCCAUCUCUCUUGCUCGUCUCGUCAUGGACAAAUCCCCUCAUUCCUACCUCGCUUUCUCCGGCGCCGAAGAAUUCGCCAAACAACAGGGUGUUGAGAUGGUGGACAAUGACUAUUUCAUCACCGAGGACAAUGUUGGAAUGCUGAAACUAGCCAAAGAGGCUAACACCAUUUUGUAUGAUUACAGAAUUCCAAUAACUGGAUUGGAAUCCUGUGCAGCAUCUGUAGAGAGUCCAAUUCACAUGAAUGGUUUACCAAUAAGCGUUUACGCCCCGGAGACUGUUGGGUGUGUGGUGGUUGAUGGUCAAGGGAGGUGCGCCGCCGCCACGUCAACCGGUGGUUUGAUGAACAAAAUGACCGGUAGAAUCGGUGACUCACCAUUGAUUGGUGCUGGGACCUACGCAGGUGAACUAUGUGGGGUGUCAUGUACAGGUGAAGGAGAAGCCAUCAUACGUGGAACCCUAGCACGUGACGUGGCAGCAGUUAUGGAGUAUAAAGAAUUGGGCCUUCAAGAUGCAGUGGACUAUGUGAUUAAGAAGAGAUUGGAUAAAGGGUUUGCUGGGCUAAUUGCUGUGUCCAAUAAAGGGGAAGUGGCAUAUGGGUUUAAUUGUAAUGGAAUGUUUAGAGGGUGUGCUACUGAAGAUGGAUUUAUGGAAGUUGGUAUUUGGGAAUAGGGAGUGUGUUUGAGAGUUCAUUAGGAUGUUUUGAUGUACUUUCAAGUUUUAACUAGUGGUGCUUGACAAAUAAUUUUGUUGCUAAUUAGCACUAAUGUUUAAGUUAAUUGUAUUGGGAAUCAUGUAUUUUGUUUUCAUAAAGUAAGUAAUGAAAACCUCCAAAUUUUGGUUGGUGUA